AUGGGGGACACUGUCUCGAAGCAUCGAGCUGAGUUUGCCUUUGCUCAGCUUGAGAACGAGAGAUCUCUGACAUCUCUUCGUGACGAGCUAAGGGUAGCUCGUGGGAUUGUUGAUCGGUCUCGGGAUGAGAUAGCUGCUCUUCAGACCCUUGUUGAUGCCCACCAUCGGGAACACAAGGCUCUCUGCGAGAUGCUUGAGCGCAAGGGCGUUCUUCAUCGGAAGAAGCAGCGUACCGAUGGUACGGCUUAA